AUGGACGAGCCUAGUGCAGGACUAGAUCCAGCUUCAAGAAACAAUUUGUGGAAUGUUGUGAAGCGAGCAAAGAAAGACAGAGCGAUCAUUCUUACGACUCAUUCAAUGGAAGAGGCAGAGCAUCUAUGUGACAGGUUGGGAAUAUUUGUUGAUGGGAGCUUGCAGUGCAUAGGUAACCCAAAAGAGUUGAAGGCUAGAUAUGCGGGAUCCUAUGUCUUUACAAUGACAACAUCAGAGAAUCAUGAGGCGGAAGUGGACAGCAUAGUGCGACAACUUACCCCGAACGCAGUCAAGACAUACCAAAUAGCUGGGACUCAGAAAUUUGAGUUGCCAAAGAAUGAGGUUAAAAUUGCCGACGUUUUCCAAGCAGUUGAGGAAGCUAAGAGUAGAUUCGCAGUUCAUGCAUGGGGUCUUGCUGAUACAACGUUGGAAGAUGUUUUUAUUAAAGUUGCUCGUGAAGCGCAAGCCUUCAAUGUUCUCUGUUCAGAUAAUUAA